UGGAGCAUGGCUUCCCCAGCCAGCCCAGCGCCCUGGCCUACGACCCCGUCCUGCGCGUGAUGGCCAUCGGCACCAAGGCGGGAGCUGUGAAGCUAUAUGGAGCACCAGGCGUGGAGCUGACGGGCUUGCACAAGGAGACGGCCACUGUCACCCAGCUGCACUUCCUCCCCGGCCAGGGCUGGCUCCUCUCCCUGCUGGAUGACAACACGCUGCACCUCUGGGAGGUUUGCCAAAAGGAGGGCUGUUCCCACCUGGAAGAGACCCGCAGCUUCGGCCUCCCGGGACGCCCAGGCUGCUCCCCUGGCAUCACGCGGGUGACGGUGGUCCUGCCGACGUCCUCCGGUGCGGUGGCCUGCCUGGGCACCGAGGGCGGCGCGGUGUACUUCCUCGCCCUGCCCACCCUGGUGCUGCUGGAGGACAAAACCCUCUUCCCGGACGAGAUCCUGCAGAGCGUCCCUGAUGACUACCGCUGCGGGAAGGCGCUGGGGCCGGUGGAGUCCAUCCAGGAGCACCCACGUGACAGCAGUCAGCUCCUCAUCGGAUACAGCCGGGGGCUGGUGGUCCUCUGGGAGCAGAGCACCCGCACCGUCCAGCACCUCUUCCUGGGGAACCAGCAGCUGGAGAGCCUGGCCUGGGAGCAGAGCGGGAAGAGCAUCGUCAGCUCCCACAGCGAUGGUGGGUACAUGGUGUGGGCAGUGAGCAGCACCAGCCAGAGGACCCAGCAGCCCGUCAUGUCCACCAUCCCCUACGGUCCAUUCCCUUGCAAAGCCAUCAGCAAAAUUCUCUGGAGGACCUGUGAGUCAGGGAACCCCUUCAUCAUCUUCAGCGGGGGAAUGCCACGGGCCAGCUACGGUGACCGGCACUGUGUCAGCGUGCUGCAGGGCCAGACCCUGGCCACGCUUGACUUCACCUCCCGUGUCAUCGACUUCUUCACCGUGCAGAGCGCCGAGGUGGCCGAGGGAGGCUUUGAGAACCCCCGUGCCCUCGUGGUGUUGGUGGAGGAAGAGCUGGUGGCCAUCGACCUCCAGACGCCGGGCUGGCCCACCAUCCCUGCCCCGUACCUGGCACCGCUCCACUCCUCCGCCAUCACCUGCUCCUGCCACGUCUCCAACGUGCCCCUCAAGCUCUGGGAGAGGAUCAUUAGUGCCGGCGAGCAGCAGAGCCCCCGGCUCUCCUCUGCGGCUUGGCCCAUCAAUGGGGGGAAGAACCUGGCCCAGGAGCCCACGCAGAGGGGGCUUCUCCUCACCGGGCAUGAGGAUGGCACCGUGAGGUUCUGGGAUGCCUCGGGGGUCUCCCUGAAGCCCCUCUACAAGCUGGGCACCGCCAACAUCUUCCAGACGGACUGUGAGCACAACGACAGCCUCAACCAGGCGGGCGAGGAGGAGUGGCCGCCUUUCCGCAAGGUGGGCUGCUUUGAUCCCUACAGCGAUGACCCGCGCCUGGGCGUGCAGAAGAUUGCUCUCUGCAAGUACACGGCCAAGAUGGUGGUGGCUGGCACAGCGGGGCAGGUGCUGGUGAUGGAGCUGAGCGACGAGAAGUCGGAGCACGCGGUCAGCGUGGCCACGGUGGACCUGCUGCAGGACCGCGAGGGCUUCACCUGGAAGGGCCACGACCGGCUGGCCCCCAGGAACGGGCCCCUGCCCUUCGCCCCGGGCUUCCAGCCCAGCGUGCUGGUGCAGUGCGUGCCCCCCGCCGCCGUCACCGCCGUCACCCUCCACUCCGAGUGGAACCUCGUGGCCUUCGGUACCAGCCAUGGCUUUGGACUCUUCGACUAUUACCGGCGCAACCCCGUUCUGGCCAGGUGUACGCUGCACCCCAACGACUCUCUGGCCAUGGAGGGGCCCCUGUCCCGCGUGAAGUCCCUCAAGAAGUCCCUGCGGCAGUCCUUCCGCCGCAUCCGCAAGAGCCGGGUGUCGGGCAAGAAGAGGCUCAACACCAGCAGCCCCUCCAGCAAGGUGCAGGAGGCCAACGCGCAGCUGGCUGAGCAGGCGGGACCCCCCGAGGUAGAGAUGACGCCGGUGCAGCGGCGGAUCGAGCCCCGCUCGGCUGACGACUCGCUCUCAGGGGUGGUGCGAUGUCUCUACUUCGCUGACACCUUCCUCCGAGACGCCGCCCACCACGGCCCCACGAUGUGGGCAGGGACCAACUCCGGCUCGGUGUUCGCCUACGCCCUGGAGGUGCCAUCCCAGGAGAAGUUUUCGGAGCGGGCGGUGGAGGCGGUGCUGGGGAAGGAGAUCCAGCUGAUGCACCGGGCUCCAGUGGUGGCUAUUGCGGUGCUGGACGGGCGGGGGAACCCCCUGCCCGAGCCCUACGAGGUCUCACGGGACCUGGCCAAGGCCCCCGACAUGCAGGGCAGCCAUUCCAUGCUCAUCUCCUCUGAGGAGCAGUUCAAGGUCUUCACGCUGCCCAAAGUGAGUGCCAAGACCAAGUUCAAGCUGACAGCGCACGAGGGCUGCCGGGUGCGGAAGGUGGCCCUGGUGAGCCUGGCCAGUGCCAGCUCUGAGGAACGGCUGGAGAACUGCCUGGCCUGUCUCACCAACCUGGGUGACAUCCACAUCUUCACCGUGCCCGGCCUGAGGCCCCAGGUCCACUAUGGCUGCAUCCGCAAGGAGGACAUCAGUGGCAUCGCCUCCUGCGUCUUCACCAAGCACGGCCAGGGUUUCUACCUAAUUUCGCCAUCCGAGUUCGAGCGCUUCUCUCUGAGUGCCAGAAAUGUGACAGAGCCGCUGUGCCGGCUGGAGGUGGCCCGGCUCCAGGACACCUCCUGCCUCAGCAACAGCUUGACGGCGACGCCGAAGCUGCCGCAGGCCAAUGGCACCCACGUCCCGUGCAGCCCCGAGGGCCGAUGCUCCCCCAGCGACAGUGACCGGUCCCCCGAGGAGCACGCGGCCACCUCCUCGCCUGGCACCAUCGAUUCCCCCAACAGCAGCAUGGAGAACCCACUGGACACCACUGGGGAUAUCACCGUGGAGGAAGUGAAGGAUUUUCUGGCGUCCUCGGAGGAAGUGGAGAGGAACCUGAGGAACGCCAGCGAGGAUGAAGCACGGCCUGCAGGGAUCCUCAUCAAGUGAGGCAUCACCGGCCUCCCUGGCCCAUCUCAGUGCUCGGAUUCCCGGGACGCGCGACUCGACUGGACCCCCCCGCGCCCCCUCCCCGCGUAACGUAGACUCGCCUCUUCUCUAACAUCCGCGCCGGCCGCCGCUGCGCCCCGGCUCCGGCACGCUCCCCCCAACGCCGCCCUGCCCGGCCCCCCCGG